AUGUUCACAUCACCCACCAUGACCGUGAAGGAAGAAAACUAUUCACCAAUGGCAAUCAAAGAUGAAGAAGAAAUGGAUUCAAGAGAAUAUGGUGACUUUGACUCUACACCUACAAGAGACAUUCAAAGGAUCCAAUCUAACAAGAGAGGGAAUACUGAGGAAAAUCGAAACAAAGAAAAACGUCAUGAAAGACCCCAGUGCAGAAAGACUUCAUAUCAGGAAAUACAUCAGCGACAGGACACCCAGAAGAAACAACAUGAAUGCUCCCAGUGUUUCAAAACAUUUGCUAGACGUUCUGAUCUUGCAAGGCAUCAAAUAAUUCACACAGGAGAAAAGCCACACCAGUGCAGUACAUGUGGGAUGGCCUUCAGUCAAAUGUCUAACCUCAAGACACACCAGAGGAUCCAUACUGGGGAAAAGCCACACCAGUGCAGCACAUGUGGGAAGGCCUUUAGUCAAAUGUCUUCUCUCAAUACACACCAGAGGAUCCAUACCGGGGAAAAGCCACACCAGUGCAGUACAUGCGGGAUGGCCUUCAGUAAAAUGUCUAACCUCAACACACACCAGAGAAUUCAUACAGGGGAAAAGCCACACCAGUGUAGUACAUGUGGGCAGACCUUUAAUCAAUUGUCUAACCUCAAGAAACACCAGAAGAUCCAUACCGGGGAAAAGCCACACCAGUGCAGUACAUGUGGGAUGGCCUUCAGUCAUAUGUGUAACCUCAAGACACACCAGAGGAUCCAUACUGGAGAAAAGCCACACCAGUGCAGUACAUGCGGGAAGGCCUUUAAUCAUUUGUCUGUUCUCAAGAUACACCAGAGCGUCCAUACUGGAGAGAAGCCCCAUCAGUGCAGUACAUGUGGGAAGGCCUUCAGUCAAUUGUCAGAUCUCAAGGCACACCAAAAGAUCCAUACCGGGGAAAAGCCACACCAGUGCAGUACAUGUGGGAUGGCCUUCAGUAAAAUGUCUAACCUCAAGACACACCAGAGGAUCCAUACUGGGGAAAAGCCACACCAGUGCAGUACAUGUGGGAAGGCCUUCAGCCAAAUGUCUAAUCUCAAGACACACCAGAGGAUCCAUACUAGGUGAAAGCCACAUCACUGUUCUCAAUGUGUAAAGGCCUUUAGUAGGAUGUCUGAUCUCAAGAGACACCAG